AGACAGUUUAAUAAAAUGUAGCUGGGGCUAAGGCCAUAUUUUGUAACCGAGGCUGCUUAAACAUUUAUACAUUCUAAGCUUGAGCUAUCAAACCCUGCUAAAUCUUAAAAUUUUGCUGAGACCGGGGCCAGGUUUGCAAAAAUUAUCAUUUUUUGCCAGGGUCCCAGUCACUUACUACUAUUACUACUACUACUACAAUGCAUAAAUUUCACCACUUAUCACUUGCUCAUCUUAUCAAUACAGUUUACCUGAAAAUAAUACAAAUUUGAAAAUAAUUAUGAAUUAGUUAUGGAGCUUAUAAAUCCUUUUAAUGACCAGUACUUUGGUUUGUUUGGAAAUAAUGAACAUAGUGAAAAUGAAAUGCUUUUAAAGAGUCCAUCUUAUAAAAAUGAAGUGUUAAAUGUUGAUGUACCAAAAUAUUCUAAAAUUGACAAAACUAUAAUUCAGGAAUCUCAUUUACAAAAUUUUCUUAAAGUACAAAAAGAAUCUCAAAACAAGAACUUUUGUCAAGCUCAAGUGAAUAUGUGUAAGCAAAAAAAGAACUUUUGUCAAGCUCAAGUGAAUAUGUGUAAACAAAACAAGAACUUUUGUCAAGCUCAACUGAAUAUGAGUAAACAAAUAACUAAAAAUGACAACACAUUUCAAAGUGAAAAAUAUAUUAAAAAUUUAAGCCAAAAAGAUAAAUUGUGUUUAUUUAGUAAAAAUGUUAAAAAAAAUAAACCACCUUUAGGUAUUAUAAAUACAAAUAAUCAAAGUGAGUUUCCUUCCAAUCAUCAAAAAAAUCUCUUUGGAUUUACUGAUUAUUUACAAAAAAACCAGUUACCUGAAUCUUUUUAUUUUAGUGACAGUUUUACACAACACAAAUGUGAGUCAGAACUUUACAAAAAGUCGUUACCAUGUGAACCAUUUCAGAUUAAGGAUAAUAAAAGUUUGAUCUUUAGAGAAAAAGUAGAACCAAUUUUUCAUGGAUCUGUUCCUAUACAAAGGAGUUUAAACUCAUUUGACCCUUCUAUUUUAAAAUUUACUAAAAUAAGGUCUUAUCCAGCAAAUUUAGAUCAUAGUUUUCAAGAAGAAAACCCACAAUUUCCAGUAAUAAUGAAUGAUAAAGUAUCACAGGCGCAUGAAAGGUAUUAUGCUAACUUGGGUGUAUUUAAAUAUCAGUUACUAGAGCAAAAUGAAGUAUGCACAGAUUUAUGGCAAAAUAAUGACUAUUUUCCAACUGAAAGCCACGAAAAUAAACAAAAUCACUUUUAUUCUAAUAAAUUUAUUGAUACACCAAAAAACUAUUUUCAAUACAGUAAUACUACUAAUAACAAUUGCCUAAUAGGCAAUCCAAAUGAAGUUUUUGAAGGAUCACAUUCAUCAAAACACUUUUUAAGAGCAUAUAAUCCACAUACUUAUUUUUACAAUAACCCUUCAUUAUAUGCUCAUUUCCAACCAUUUGACGUAUCAAGCUAUAUAAAUACAUCUGUUUAUCCACCUGAUAUCGGAAUGCAGUUAAUAAAUGAUCAGUCUCAUAAUAUUUGGCAGGAUAGUACUCUUAAUGAAAACAACUCCUUGUUUGCUAAAAGAUCUUUUUUUUCAGAAAAUUCUUUAAAUUGUACCUACCAAUCAAAUAAUGUUUUAUAUAAUAACUCAAAUGGAAACAAUAAUAUCCAUUCUGACUUUUAUGUUAAAUCAAAGUAUAGUUGUGGGGAUGUUGAAAGCCCUUACUUUUCAAGUUUUUGUGAGGCCAAGAAUGUUUCGAUAAAUUGUACUGAUCAGGAAAAUUCUGCUAUCAAUCCAAUAACUAAGAAAAAUGAUCCCUCAACAAGUUUGUUAAACUCUGUUUCUAUAUUAGAGAACACAAUGUUAUUUGAAAAUAAACAAUGCAUAUCAGCACUUAAGAAGCAAAAAAAAAAAAAUAAAAAUGCUAAACCAAUACUAUGCAGCCAACCAGAUAUACAGAGCAAGCAGAGAAUUAAAAGUAUUUCUGAAGGAUGCGAAAAGAGAAAGUCUACCAAUACAUCAAAUAGCAAAUUAAAAAGAAUUCUUGAUCAACCUUGCAUUAAUUCUUCAAAACAUAUGUUCAAUUGUUGUAAAUGCAUUAUUUGCAAUGACUUAAAAAGCAACGUAAUAAAUAAUAAUGUUGUUAACUGCACACAUAACAAAAGGCAAAAAAUGGAUGUUGAUUUCUCAUCAAAAGAAAAAAUAUUUAAUGGUAAUGAAGAUGAAUACAAAGAAUGUUUAAAAGACCUUACAGUUGAUAUUUCAUUUAAUUCUCAACAACAACAAAAAAAUCUUGCUUGUACUGAUAAAAAUCUUCUGUUUCAAAAAUCCCAGUGUGAUAAUAAUGUAAAUAACAAAAUGGAUUCAGAUUUGCUUGUUAGUCGUUCUUUUUUAAAUCUAGUACCUUUAAGAUCAUUUGAUGCAUCACCAUCACAAAUACUGUCAAAAUCAAGUUCAAAAAAGCAUCAAGAUAAAAAUAGAAAAAUAUCCAGAACUUCUUCCAAGCAGAAAAUGGAAUUUGUUAAGAAAAAAAUGCAUGAACAGCAAAGUUGCUAUGAAAAAGUAUGUUUCUAUUUCUCAAAUUUAAAAAAAGAAAAUCAGCAAGAGUGUUUCACAAACUAUCUUAUUUUUGAUAACAUUAAAACACAAUUAGAAUUAUGUGUCACGUUAAACCUGUCAAUUAGAAUUGAAACAAUUGUUUUUCGGAGAAGUCAACACAAAUGGAAGAAAGUACAAUCCUUCAAUAGAAUAUUUAUUGCAAUUUUCCUAAAUUCUUAUAAAAAAAUGCAAAAGACUCGCAGAAGAAAACAAUUGAAUCCGAAAAAAAGAAGUACACAACAGUAUCAUAUGUCUUUGAAGACAUGUGCAAGAGUUAAGCUUAUCUAGGCUUUGAUUUCAGUUUUAGCUUAUUUUAUAUAUUUUUAACUAAGGCGAAUCUAGUUUGAAAAUCGCUCCACCCAUAUAUACAUCCCUCUGAAUCCAGGCAUAAAGCCGUCCUGUUUAUCUGAAAAUGUUGAAAUAAAAAGAAUUGUUACUUAAAUCAGCAUUUCCCUAAAAUUUCCCUAAAAGUGUAUCAAAAUUUCUAGUUGGUCUAGUCUAAUUGAUGGGUUUUUGUGUAUUUGUGUGUGUUUCUAUGUACUUGAUUUAAUGUUUUAAAUUUUCUUUAGUUUUUUUGAAUUUUCCGCCAUAAUAGUGUACAUUUAUUCAUUUUCGCAUUGAAGUUUUAUAUGAUACUAAUUUAUGUAUCCGUUAUAUCUUACUAAAAUAAAUUUUGUUUAAAACACUUUAUGCAUCAGUUUAUAUGAUAAAAUAAUGUUAUAAUAUAUAAAGUUUAUUUUGAAAAAUCUUUUAGUUGUAAAAUAGUAAAAAUGAAAAAAGAGAUUUAAUGUACAUUAUUUAUAGAUAUUUAUAGUUUAUAUAGAUUGAUAUUUACUUAAAAGAUAAUUUUUGGUUUAACAAUGUAAAUUCAAUUUAUAUGUUCAUGGAUAUAUUUUUACCUCUUA